AUGGCAAGUGGUGGACGUGGUGGCCGCGGUGGUGGUGCGGGAGCGCUCAAACCGAUCGGUCUGACAUACAUUGAAGGUGCACAGCUGGAUGAAGUGUAUACACAGUCGGACAUCAGCGCGGCGCCCGUGUUUGAGCCACCUACAGAGGAAGAGCGCGAAAUUGCUGCUCUCCAGCUGGAUGUGAUUCGACGUCAAUGGGACUCACCAUAUUGGACACAGUAUACUUCGAAGCAUUCUGGUGAUGAGCCGCUCUUGCGCUAUACGGAUCGGUACCAACCUGACCGCCGUGGAGCUGCUUCCACUGCUUCGUUCCUACAACAGGUGCGGCUACAACAAGCAGUAUUCCCACCACAUCUGUGGGAUAGUUUCACGAGUAGCGAAACGCGUCGAAUGACGCGCCAGAUGGCGCCGACGUCGGUGCGUGCUGCCAACAUUGACUGGGACAAUCUGCAUUUGGAAGAAAAGAAAACAGGUGGUGAGGGCGAAGAUGAAUUGCCUCCUGACUCGGAUGAAGAUGAUUUGGGUAACUAUGAGGACGAGGAAGAUGAUGAUUAUGCACAAAAUUACUUUGAUAAUGGCGAAGAUGACGAUGAUAUGGGCGGCGAUGGCGGCGGCGAUGGCGAUGAGGCGGCGUUCGACUAG